AUGACGGAGGAAAAGAGCGAUAUCGGCCAAGAAGGUUCAGACCCUCAGGAAAUUGACUCCACGUCUAAAAGUGAAGGCGCCAGCCAUGAUCGCGAGGUGGAAGAGACCUCGUCCGCUACGGGCCAGACCAAAUGCUCUAUUUGCCAGAGUACGUUCAGGCGACCCGAGCACCUCAAACGCCAUUUUCGCAGCCAUACCAAGGAGAAACCGUUCGAGUGCACACAAUGCGGACGUCAUUUCUCCAGAACUGAUACCCUCCAUCGUCAUGAGUUGAGUCAUCACACCAUCGGCGCCGAUGGAGGGAAAGACCGCACGCACAGAAUCACCGUCAAGACGUUCCGUGCUUGCUAUAAGUGCGCGCUCGCGAGGGUACGUUGUAGCGGUGGCAUGCCGUGUACGCGGUGCGAGACGAGGUCCCUCGAAUGCCAGUAUCCGACCGAGCGACGCUCGAAGGCCAAAAUCCGAAAAGGUGUGACCCAGCCCAUGUUGCUGGACGACCGCGAUCCGUUCUCUGGACAGUCUUCGCAUACCUUCUCCGUACAGGGCCCCGAAACGUCCCGAAACGAAGGCAGCGGGAAUCCUGACAUCCAGCCUGGAUAUCAGAUCAGCCAAUUCCAGCUGCGAGUACGCGCAUCCCAGAAUCCUUCCACAUCGUCCCCAGGCGGUACAGCGGCGCCCGAAAUGCAUGCCCGUUCACAGAAUCCGUUGGAAAAUAGAGAAGAAUCGCAUCUCGUCGCGAGCCCGUCCCUAGUUCGACCGGAUGUUACUGCUGUAUCAGAGGCAGUGCCACGGACGUUUCCUCCGCUUGCCGGUGUUAACGGACAGUUUUAUACUCCGGCGCAAGUUCAGAAUGCUAUACCAAUUGAGCAAAGACGGUUCAGCCACCCAGUGGGAAGUCGGCAACAUGAAAUUCCUGGACCUGGUACUGCUGUUUCUGGAAUUCCGGGCUCGGGCGAUCAGAAUGCACAGUUGGACUUCUCGCAGUCAUUUCUAGGCCAAUCCACAGUUUCUCCAUUAAACUGGCUUUCCAGUGACCUGUUUCUUGAAUCGGCUUCUGACCAUGGCUUGCCAUCCGGACCCCUUCCGCAGCCCUUCCAAACUGGUGUAUUCGACAGUUCAUUGGGCCAAACGACAUGGUUGCCUCCAGUCAUCAAUGCGGAGCCUAACGGCUCGUCAAUAUCUGGAAGUAUUUCUCAUACAACACCGUCUGCAACUACCUCGCUUGGCGAUGUGGAAAGCCCAGGUAACCUCGUUCGAGGACCACGGCAAUCUUCACAAUCUGGACCAUCCAAGCGCCCAACCGAUUACAAUAUCGACGAACCGGUUGAGCGACUUAAUAAACAAAGGAAGCAGUCAACAUGGCCCACUCAAUUCGCGGAGCCCCUCGACAUCUUUCUGAAGUUUCAAAACGUCAAUUCGAAGCCCCGAUUUGCGUUCCCUCCGCCAAGCGAAGGGCAAACGAACACCAUACCCGAUACACAAGUCAAUUGCAAGCUUGAAGAUUUGACGUACGACCAGAUACAUGACGCAUUCACCCGGUUAUGCUUCACGCUAGCAUUAGCAGCAAUGGGCAGUCAUUCUGCGAACCUUUGUGAACAAAACGGAACUGCUACAGCUUUUCAUGAAUUUCUCCGUCGGGCUCUUUGCGUUGAGAAAGAAAAACGGCAACCGGAGUAUCUGCAGCUCUGGCUGAUUCAGGCACUGUUGCUGAGCUGUAUCGGCAGACUCCACGGGAAUAGUGAAAGUGGUAAACUCUCAGCACUUGCUGACUUUGGUGAUCUUGUCAACCUUGCAAACCGCCAGAGGCUACUAUCUCGCUCGGAAAAUCCAAAUACUUCAACAGAUCAAUCGUCGCCAGAGCAGCAAUGGCUUCUAUGGGUUGAAGAAGAGGCCAGACGGCGAACUGGAUAUGUGAUAUGGCUCGUGGACUGUACAGUGGCAUAUGAAUUUGAUACGAAACCCUACUUUUGCCUCGAUGACGGCCAAGCGCCUCUUCCAUGCAACGAAAAUAUCUGGCACGCAGCCUCAUCCCGUAUCUGGAAAGGGCUCCGCGAAGAAAUAUCAGAGCAAGAGAAGAUCUCCCUAUAUGACGCUGUGUUGAUUCUAUACAUUGAGAAAAGGCUUGUACCUGAAAUAGGGGAACUGAGUCACAUCUUGCUCAUACAUGCCCUAUACCAUCGGAUGUGGGAGGUGGGCGACUAUUUUCGCCGUCCGCUUUCAUUCUGGAACCCGACGGCGAAGAAGCAGUCCCGAAAAUUGGCGAUUCCAUCAGGGUCUGUCUGGCUGCCAGGAAUUCCGUCCUACUCCAAAUGGCGCAACAGCGCGUGCGACUGUUUGGAUAUCCUCCACUGGACGGCAAAUGGCACCAUAGCCAAAGCAAAUGGCCACGAGCAUCCCACAAUUCUGCACCUUCAUACAGCUCGUAUUAUCCUCCUCGCGCCGUUCCGCGAGAUUCGGCUCCUAGUGAAUCUUCUGGCCACACAAAAGGUCAAUUGGGAGGACCGCCAGAAAGUCAUUGAAUGGCAUUACAUACUACGCUGGAUUAAACACGACCAAUACAAAGCGCGUCUGGCGGUCAUUCAUGCAGGAUCGGUAUUGUAUCAUGUUCGCAAGUACUCUACAAACGCCUUCCACGAGCCAGUCGCUACGUAUCUUGCGAUUCUCACACUCUGGGCGUAUGGCCUGUGCUACAAGCAAGCAUCUCCGGAUGUCACGGCCACUCGGCACGAUUCAUCUGUCGGGCCUAGCGUUAUAAACCUCGACCAGCCAUGCUCAGAUGAGCUCGUGCAGUCUUUCGUUCGCGAAGGGCAAAAGAUGAAAGGAAUGUUGACGAACGUAGGUGAUAUCUGUGCGCCGCACGGGCCUGAGCAGAUCUUACGAGUGGGCUGCGAGACCCUCGGCCGUCUCCGUUCCUGGGGUAUAGCAAAGGAGUUCAUGGUAACUCUGAUGAGGCUCGCUGAAUUGUUUUCAGCGUACCUGUGA